AUGACCGCUGCUGAUGCUACUCUCGCUCGCUCGUUUCGCCUUUUUUGCUUCCUUCUCGUCUUUCUUUUCGCCACGAAAAAAGUUGCAGUUGAAAGGAUGGAUCACGUGAUGAGCUUAGUUUUGACGUCGAGCAAAGCAAAAAAAGCUGGAGAAGAAAAAGCAGAGCAAAACAAGCGAGAAAGACGAGAGGAAAAGGAAGAGGCAGAAGACGAGAGAUAG